CACGUCUGAAAGGUAGUAGAAAUACUUACGUUGUCAAUCACACUCUUGACAGUGAGGCAGUCGAACACAUCAAGCUCUUCAACAUGAAAUGGUUGUUAGUAUUACCGAUUCUCACUGAGGUUACUGUAUAUUACAGUGAAGCGGUGACAUAUGUGUUUCGAGAUACAGGAGGUCUAGGAGGGAGGUUCGACGGUAUAGGCGGGCUGAGCGGCGGAGGGGCCACGUCCAAACUCCUGGCCAACUAUCCUGAAGAACAACGGAACCAGAUUCUGGACUUCCUCUUUAAGCCCAACUUCGGAGCCAGUCUACAGAUUCUGAAGGUCGAGAUUGGCGGAGAUGCGCAGAGCACAGAUGGCACCGAGGCGUCUCACAUGCACAACAGCUGGGAUGAGAACUACCAGAGAGGGUACGAGUGGUGGCUCAUGGUGGAGGCCAAGAAGCGUAACCCGGACAUCAAGCUAUAUGGUCUACCGUGGGGGUUCCCAGGCUGGAUAGCAGCUGCUCCACAGGACCCGUAUGUGGAUCCACAACAGACGGCUACGUACAUCGUGAAGUGGGUCCAAGGUGCCAAGAUGCACUACAACCUUACCAUAGACUUCCUUGGCAUCUGGAAUGAAAAACCGUACAAUGAUACUUACAUCAAAACGCUGAGGAAGACCUUGGACACCAACAACCUGAGCAACGUCAAAAUAGUAGCAGCCGACGACAACGGUUGGGCAAUCGCCGAGGACGUCGUCAAUGACAGUGAUCUGGCUGCUGUGGUAGAUUACAUAGGGUCCCACUACCCGGGUACUGUGACGACACCCAAAGCUCUUCAGACAGGCAAGCAGUUGUGGUCAUCUGAAGACUACAGCACCUUCAACAACGAAACCGGCGGCGGCUGCUGGGCCAGGCUUUUAAACCAGAACUACGUUAAUGGAGGGAUGACAAGCACAAUCUCUUGGAACCUGAUCGCCAGCUACUAUGAAGGCUUGCCGUGGUACCGUGCAGGGCUGAUGACUGCGGCGGAGCCAUGGAGCGGUAACUACGCCGUCGACAGCCCUAUCUGGGUAACAGCUCACACCACACAGUUCACCGACAUAGGCUGGUAUUAUCUACGUCAUGACUACGGUGUCGGCCAUUUGGAACAUGGCGGAAGUUACGUCAGUCUUAUCACUCUCGACAAGAAGGAGUUCACAAUCAUCAUUGAGACCAUGAGCCACGAUCACUCUGUAUGUGUUCGGCCUCCACUCAAACCAUACAACGUAUCUGCCUCUCAAACCGUCACCAUCCAGCUUGAAGGAAGCGUGGAGGCCAUUACAGAGUUUGAGGUGUGGUACACCAAGCUGUCGUUUGACCCUGAAGUCAAAGAUGUCAUCUUUCAGAAACGUCAGCCUCUCAAGGUUACCAAUAGUCAGGUGACGUUGUCUGUCGGUGUCGACGAAGUUUGGACGUUGACGACAGUGAAGACAGGAAACAAGGGAAGCUACCCUCGUCCACCACAACCUAAGGCGUUCCCUCUACCCUAUCAAGAUGACUUCGAAGGAUACGAGGUUUCCAUGGAGCCUCAUAAUCUUGCCCAGCAGUUGGGUUCGUUCGAAGUCGUGGCGGAGGACAACAACAAGUUCCUUCGUCAGAUGGUUCUAACGCAGCCCCUGAUGUGGUGCCACAACUCGGCGGAACACAUGCUCAACAAGAGCUUCAAUGUCAUUGGCGAUUACAGUUGGGAGAAUGUUUCCAUCCAAGUAGAUGUCCGUCUCAGUCCAGUUAACGACACUAAGGGCGUGUUUCUGGGAGCAAGGGUGAACCAGGGAGGCUGUGUGUCAUACGACACCACCGGCGUCUUCUUCUUCGUAUUCCCCGAUGACAACUUCUACAUCCUCUCACAGGACCUGAUGAGGAGCCAGGUAGUGUCGACAGGCCCCAUCAACUGUCGCAAAGGCUGGAACACAUUCGAGCUGCGACUCUGGGGUACGGGAAUGUUCGGCUUUGUGAAUGGGCAGGAGGUGAUGGCGGCACGUGCCCCGUCUCUGUCAUCCAGUGGGUUCCUGGCUCUGGGUACAGACACUUAUGGACUGGCGGACUUUGACAACCUCCUUCUAAAGAAGUCACAGAUACUUUAACAAGUGUUAACACUGCCACUGUUAUAUGUUUUAAUUGAAAAUAUGACUUGUUCCGUUUGAGGGGACCACAUGCCGUACUCCUGAUGCCGGGGACAUCACUCCUUACCUUUUUGAGCGCUAAAUUUGAAAUUUUGAGUUCUUUAGACAAAGAGAUACUUUAGACAUCGGUAUUCCUAACCGUGAUCUUGAGUAAUGUAACAAAGGUCCCUGUCCAUAGGGUCGACAAGUGAGAGGUUAAAAUUGAGACACUCUCUGGUGUUUUCUUUGUAAUAAAAAUGUAAGAUUUAAAGAAAAUAUGUUUGUCAAUCAUAUGGAUAUACAUUUGAAUUUUAUCGCAUAACGUUUACUUUGUUAUGGAUUUAAUUGUAAGUGUGUGAAUACAGACACUGCACAGCGUGAUUUUGGUCAGUAAAAGUGUCAUAGUGAGUUCUUAA